UGGCUAAAAAUGGAGUAGCUUAUUGAAAAUAUACUUUAAUAUGAUUUGAGUUUCAUUUUUAUAUGAUGAAGUUUGAUUAUGUGUGUACAUGUUGAUGAAAAAGGCGUAGUUGCCCUUUAAUGUCUCAAGCGUAGAUGCAGAUGUUUGUUUACGUUUCGUUUUACGACAGUUCUGUCUGUGCUUGAUAGAGAAGCAUACAGUUUUCUUACCUGCGUCCAGCAAGAAUUACAAGUAUCUUAGCCAGCCGCAUUUUUCCUGUCUGUGGAAUUAUAUUUUGGAGAACAAAAUAAACCGGAGAGUUUAUAUUUUUUCUUUAAUCAUGACGUGUCCGGAGUGGAUCUGUGGGAUCGUGUAGCUGAGCUAACUGCGAGCAUUGCAUGUGGAAAUACUUUCUUGCUAACGAGACUCAGUGUAAGUCAAUGCAGAUUCUCACAGAAGAUAAACCUCUUCAUUAGUAAGAAAACUCGCUCGACGUUGGACAAGGAACCGUCGGAGAGGUUUGUGGAAAGUGGAGCACGGAUUCAAGAUUGAACGGAGCUCGUCUCGGCCGCUGUGUGACUGUCGGAGCGCAACCGGGACCCGUCUAAUUUCUGGAAGGACCGAUCGCGUCUAUGAUGUCCGGAACGGGAAUGGAGGAGACGGUAGGGCUGAACGUGGAAAAGAACAAGAGAGUUGUUAAGUCAACACAGAAAGGAUUAGAACAUAAUCUGCAAUUGAGAAUAUCCUCAAGAAAAGCUAUAUUGGGCCAGCUCACUGAGAAGAGGAGUGAAUUGCAUGCUUUAAUGGAUGAUGAUGCAAAUGUGGAAAACAUAAAAGGUGAACUGUUGACCAAAUAUGAAGGACUGAUUAACAAGCUCAGUGAAAUAAAUGUGCAUGUUAAAGACCUGUUUUGCCAGAUAGGAUGUGAAGAGAACAUGAACACAGAUCAAAGGGAUUGGUAUGAGCCAAGAAUUUCUCAGCACCUAAACUUUGUGAAAGAUGUGAAUGUAUGGAUACAGGCGGCUAAGCUGCGCCAAGAGGAAUCUAAGAGGAUCUCUGAUGAGCUAAAGCCUGAAGAUAGUGUGUCUGUCACAUCCAAGAAAUCCAAAAGGUCUAAGUGUGUCAGCUCUGCUUCAACAUCGUCAGCUCAUUCUGAGCGCUUAAAGAUUGAGCUGGAAAGAGCUGCGCUGUUAGCCAAGACGGCGGCAUUGAAAAGAAAGCAGGCUUUAGAAGAACAAGAGCUACAGCUCAAGGCCGAAAAGGAAGAGUUGGAGCUACAAGCCGGGCUUGAUGCAGCUGAUGCUCGAUUGGCUGUAUUAAGACAAUAUGAAGGUUCAGAAGUGUCAAGCAGAACCAAGGGAAGUAAAGUGGAUGUUUUAACGUCUGCUCCAUUGAAGCACGUCAGCCACAGUGAGGGUGGUGUAGUCAGCGGUGGCAGUCAGCAUAGCCACGUAGGGAGAAGAGAUGCAGGUGACCACAUGAUACAAGCCCCUGUAUACUCUGUGGACAAUUUUGUUCCUCCAGAUAACUUGGUUACUGUCAUGCAACGCCAAAAUUACAUUACAGAAAGCCUCAUAAAGCAACAGAAGCUCUCUACCUUGCCACCUCAGAACAUUCCUGUUUUUAAGGGAGAUCCAACAGAAUAUUGUCUCUUCAUAAGAGCGUUCGAACAUGGCGUAGAGAGCAAGACUGAAGAUUGUAAGGAUCGUCUUUACUAUCUAGAACAACAUACGAAUGGACAGCCUAAUAACAUUGUGCGCAGCUGCUUUCACAUGGACCCAGAACAGGGCUAUUGGGAAGCCAAGAGGCUUCUGAGAGAACGUUUUGGAGAUAAAUACAAGAUUUCCAUGGCUUACCUGGACAAGGCUUUAAACUGGCCUGUGAUAAAGACAGACGAUGCCAAGGCACUCGAUUCAUAUGCUCUCUUUCUCACGAGCUGCUGCAAUGUGAUGUCAGAACUUGAGUAUUUAGAGGAGAUGGAAAAUGCUGCCAACAUGCGCGCGAUCGUCGCAAAGCUUCCCUACAGACUGAGAGAAAGAUUCAGGAGUGUCGCCAUAGAUAUUCAGAAAAGGCAGGAUCGCCGCACAAAGUUCAAAGAUGUAGUAGCUUUCAUCAACGCGCAGGCGGAAAUGGCAUCACAUCCUGUUUUCGGUGAAAUCCCAGGACAAACAAGACGCCAGUCAGACAGUAAGACAGAAAGGUCAAGUGGAAAGAAGAAUGUCACAAUACUAGCCACCGAAAUCAGACCUCAGAAAUCUGAGAAAGGCGCUGACAUUGGAAACAAGAAAACACAGGAGAAACGAACACAAGUGAACAAGGCCUUCAACAAACCCUGUAUUUUCUGCCAGGGAGACCAUAUUAUGGAACAGUGCAAAAGGUUGCAAAGAAUGUUGCAUAAAGAAAAGUUGGAGUUCCUCAAGAGCAAAGGACUUUGCUUCAGUUGUCUUACAGCAGGACACAUGAGUAAGGUCUGUGAAGAGAAGAAGAGCUGUCAGAUAUGUUCUGCAACACAUCCUACGCUCCUACAUAUAAAACAGAAACCCAAAAACUUACCAAAGGAAGAGGCUUCAGAGGGGGAUUCUGAGAGCGAAUCUCAGAGGGAGGAGCAAACUGUGGUCAGCGGAUUCGUGGAUGCAGGAGACACAAGCUCCCAGACUGGGGCUGGGGGUACGGAUAGUAUCCUCGCCAUCGUCCCUGUGAGAGUAAAGGCAAAGAAAGGCAGCAAGGUGCUGACUUGUUAUGCGUUCUUGGAUCCAGGGAGCAACGCUUCUUUCUGCACUAACAAGUUGGCCAACGACCUUCACCUGCAAGGAAAGAAUGUAAACAUUCUGCUCACUACAAUGGGAGAACAAAAGGCAGUAUCCUGCAAAGCUGUACCAGACCUCGAAGUGAGCAGCCUCGAGGACGAUAACUUCAUUGAGCUUACGGAGGUUUUCGCUCAAAAGGCUAUCCCUGUGAGUAAAGAGAACAUCCCAACUCAAGAGGAUGUGGAUAAGUGGCCACAUCUGCGAGGUGUACAAAUUCCUUUGAUCAACGCAGACGUCGGUCUUCUGAUUGGAACCAAUGUAGUAAAGGCCUUAGAACCAGAGGAGGUAAUCCGCAGCGUCAAAGAUGGGCCGUAUGCAGUACGCACAGCGCUGGGAUGGACCAUAAACGGACCGCUGCGUGAGAACAUUAGACGCCGGACAAAACAUGGCUACCCACUGAUCAAAACGAAUCGCAUCUCUGUGGCUCGACUGGAAGAAUUAUGGACUCAGCAAUUCAAGUGUGAUUUUCCUGAGAAUGCUCAAGGAGAGUGUUUGGAGAUGUCAAAGGAUGAUCAGCUGUUCAUGGACAGAGUUUCUGAAUCAGCCAAGCUGGUCGACGGCCACUACUCUAUUGGUUUGCCACUGAAGAACAAUGAUGUGAAAAUGCCCAACAACAAAGUAGUGGCAGAACAACGAGCACUCAACUUGAAGAAGAAGCUUCAAAGAAAUCAGACAUUCAAGGAAGACUAUGUUAACUUCAUGAACAAAGUGAUCAACAUGGGCUACGCCGUUAAAGUACCAGAUGAAGAAUUAAACCGGAGCGAUGGAAAGGUGUGGUUUAUCCCGCAUCACGGUGUCUACCACCCUAAGAAACAGAAAAUAAGGGUGGUGUUCGACUGUGGAGUCUCGUACCAAGGAGCCACACUCAACGGACAAUUGUUGCAAGGCCCGGACUUAACAAGCAGUCUGAUAGGUGUCUUAACAAGGUUCCGUCUGGAACAGGUUGCAGUAAUGGCAGAUGUGGAAUCAAUGUUCCACCAAGUCCAAGUCCCACCAGAAGAUGCCGACCUUCUCAGGUUCCUGUGGUGGCCAGAAGGCGACGUCUCCCAAGAGCUGCAAGAAUAUAGGAUGCAGGUUCACUUAUUUGGCGCCACCUCUUCCCCAAGCUGCGCCAGCUAUGCAUUGAAAAGAUGUGCUGAAGAUAAUAAGGACAGGUUUGACGCAGUUGCAGUUGACACAGUCUUACAUAAUUUCUAUGUUGAUGAUUGUUUGAAAUCAGUUGCCUCUGAACAAGAAGCAGUCAAGCUACAUCAAGACUUGACGGCCAUCUGUCAAGCCGGAGGAUUCAGGCUGACAAAAUGGAUGACAAACAGCCAGAACGUGUUGUCAAGCAUUCCACCAGAGGACAGGGCAACAGAAGUUAAAGACCUGGAUCUUGAUCAAGACGCACUCCCCAUCGAGAGGGCUUUGGGAGUACAGUGGUGUAUCCAGUCGGAUGAGUUCAAGUUCCACGUUAACAUCCAACUGAAGCCUCUCACCCGAAGGGGAAUCUUGUCAAUGAUGAGUUCAAUUUAUGACCCAUUGGGUAUGUUGUCUCCUGUCAUACUACUUGCCAGAAACAUCCUGCAAGAACUGUGCAGACUGAGAACAGGAUGGGACGAUGCUGUGCCAGAUCAUCUUGGACAACAAUGGUCAAGGUGGAUGGAAGAGCUUCAGCAUCUCACAGACUUUGGAUUGGAAAGGUGCUUCAAGCCACCAGAGUUCGGAGCCACAGUGGAGGCUCAACUACAUCACUUUAGUGAUGCAAGCGAAACAGGCUAUGGUACUGUCACAUACCUAGUCCAAAAGAGUAUCAGCAAUCAAAUACACUGCUCAUUUGUCUUGGGAAAGGCAAGGGUUGCCCCACUGAAGUCCACAACUAUCCCACGGUUGGAGCUGACGGCGGCUGCCUUAGCUGUGAAGGUGGAUGUUAUGCUAAAGAAAGAGCUGCAGCUACCACUUAGAGAGUCCAAGUUUUGGACAGAUAGCACGGCCGUACUCAAGUAUAUAGCGAAUGAGAACAUCAGGUUUAAAACAUUUGUGGCUAACCGGAUCGCUACUAUCUUACAAGCCUCAAGAGUGAAACAAUGGCGCUACAUAAACACACAGUUGAAUCCAGCUGAUUUCGCUUCCAGGGGGCAAAGAGCGAACAUCUUCAUUCAUAACAAAGUGUGGAUCUCAGGGCCUGCCUUCCUCAGCAAGUCCGAACUAGAAUGGCCAGACAAUCUGGGUCAUCAAGAGGAGCUCACAGUAACGGAUCCUGAGGUCAAGAAAAGCAUACUUGUUAAUGCUACAACAGUAAAAGAAAGCAGUGAUGGAAUGCAACGACUAACAGAAUACUUCUCUUCAUGGAUACGGCUCAAGAAAACAGUAGCGUGGUUCACUCGAGUCAAGGGAAUCCUGCUGAACCUGUCAAGGAAGAGAAAAGAACUGUGUGAAGUAUACAAGGAUCAAGUACAAAUGAACAAAGAAAUGGCAAACUACAAGAAGAGUCUCAAACAGACUUACCUGACUGUGGAUGAUCUGCGACAAGCUGAGCUGGAUAUCAUCCGCUACUGUCAGCAAAUUAAGUUCCAAGAGGAAAUAUCUGCUCUUCAGAGAAAAGAGACAGUUAAGAAAGGCAGUCGAAUAUACAAACUGAACCCACAACUUCAAGAAGGAAUCCUUCGCGUUGGAGGGAGGCUCAGUCGAGCAUGUAUGCCAACAGAAGCCAAGCAUCCGAUGCUUCUGCCCAAAGACCAUCACGUUGUUGAUCUGAUUCUUCAGGACGCACAUGAGCUUCUGGGACACAGUGGACGCAAUCACGUCUUGUCUCACAUACGUCAAAGAUACUGGAUUAUAGAUGCUCCUGUGACAAUCAGGAAAAUACUGUCCCGCUGUGCUGCUUGUAGAAGACAACAUGGUGCGCCAGGCACACAGAUGAUGGCAGAUUUGCCAAGAAACAGGGUCGUGCCGGACGAACCACCUUUCACUAGAAGUGGGGUGGAUCUGUUUGGACCAUUUGACGUGAAGCGUGGAAGAUCAUCUGUUAAAAGGUAUGGUGUCUUAUUUACAUGCCUCACAAGUCGUGCAGUCCACAUCGAAAUGGCAACGUCGCUAGACACAGACUCCUUUAUUCACGCUCUGCGUCGCUUCAUCGCAAGAAGAGGUCAAGUGAAGGAAAUGCGAUCUGAUAAUGGGACCAACUUCGUUGGAGCCGACCGCGAGCUCAAAAAGGCUAUAAAGGAGUGGAACACUUCACAGAUUGAGGAUAGCUUGCUCCAGCGUGACAUCAGAUGGAUGUUUAAUCCACCAUCCGGAUCACACCACGGGGGGGUGUGGGAGAGAAUUAUCCGCUCCAUCAGAAAGAUCAUGACUGCAACACUGAGAGAACAAAGCUUGGAUGAGGAGGGUCUUCAGACGUUCUUCUGCGAAUGUGAAGCUAUCCUGAACACUAGGCCUCUUACCACGCCUUCAAAUGAUAUCGACGAUCUGGAAGCUCUCACCCCACAGCACUUGUUGCUAUUGAAGACUCAACCCGACUUACCACCGGGACUCUUCAAGAAGGACGAUAUCUAUGUACGUAGAAGAUGGAGGCAAGUCCAGUAUAUGAGCGACCUAUUCUGGAAGCGCUGGACCAAGGAGUAUUUGCCUCAACUACAGGCAAGACAAAAAUGGAACUAUCCAUCACGAAACUUCAUCCCAGGAGACGUAGUCUUGAUCGUCGACGACUCAGCACCUAGGGGAUCCUGGCUGAUGGGAAGGAUCAUCAAAACUAUUGAGGAUGAGCAUGGAAUGGUCCGCAAGGUCCGAGUCAAGACAAAGACUAAUGAGCUUGAGAGACCAAUAACGAAGCUCUGCUUACUUCAAGAAGCAACAUGAGACUGUUUCUAUAGACUGUUAUUUAGUACUACUCAGAUGAAAGAUGUUCAGAUAAGUUGUAAUUGUUUCUACUCUAGAAAGCAAUUAGGGGCUGGGUAUGUAGUGGCUAAAAAUGGAGUAGCUUAUUGAAAAUAUACUUUAAUAUGAUUUGAGUUUCAUUUUUAUAUGAUGAAGUUUGAUUAUGUGUGUACAUGUUGAUGAAAAAGGCGUAGUUGCCCUUUAAUGUCUCAAGCGUAGAUGCAGAUGUUUGUUUACGUUUCGUUUUACGACAGUUCUGUCUGUGCUUGAUAGAGAAGCAUACAGUUUUCUUACCUGCGUCCAGCAAGAAUUACAAGUAUCUUAGCCAGCCGCAUUUUUCCUGUCUGUGGAAUUAUAUUUUGGAGAACAAAAUAAACCGGAGAGUUUAUAUUUUUUCUUUAA